AUGGUUUACUUUUCCGAUUCUCCAACUUCGGUCCACCCGGAGAUGAUGAUGAUAAAUGAUACCAAAUCGUUGCCAUUGUUCUUGUCUCCAAGAGUUCAUUCCCUCGAAAAGUUGAAUCCAAUUGAUGUAAAACAACUUUCAUUUCAUAUGAUACCAUUUCUUGCUACACAAGUCAAUGAAACCGUCAUUAAAGAGGUUGAAGAAUCGCAAAAAGACUUAAAAAAUCCACAACAAAACUCAAAACCAAGGCCGUCUCCACCACUGUCAGCAACUAAACCACCCCCGCCACCUCCUCCUGGUUCAGCAAGAACCAAUGCAACUAAACCACCACCGCCAGGCCCGCCACCUCCUCCUGGUUCAGCAAGUUCCAAUGCAACAAAACUAAAGAGAUCGCCCCAAAUUGGAAAUCUUUAUCGUCUUCUCAAAGAAACGAUUGAAGGGCCGAGCCUAGAUGGUAAAUCAUCUAGAGGAAGAAAGGGUAAGAGCUUCGGUUCUUCAAAUGGAGGAGGCAAAUCAAGCAUGGCUGAUGCAUUAGCUGAGAUGACCAAAAAAUCGCCAUAUUUCCAGAAAAUCGAAGAAGAUGUCAAGAACUUCGCAAACACAAUCAACCAACUUAGUGUCCAAAUGGUCAAUUUCCAUUCCAAAGACAUGGCAGAGCUUCUUAACUUUCAUCGCCACGUCGAGUCAUGCCUUGGGAAGCUAUCCGAUGAAUCUCAGGUACUGUCAAGAUUUAAGGAUUUUCCUGUAGAGAAACUCGAGGGAAUAAGGAUGGCAUCCGCUUUAUACUCUAAGCUAGAUGGGUAUGUGAAUACUCUAACAAACUGGAAAACAGAGCCUCCUCUGUAUCAACUUUUUGACAAGGCUGACAAAUACUUCAACAAGAUGAAGGUAGAUUUGGAAGCAUUGGAAAUAAAAAAAGAAGAAGAAGGGAAGAUAUUCAAAAGACAUAAUAUUCAUUUUGAUUUCAGCAUUCUUAUUAAGAUCAAAGAGUCGAUGGUUAAUUUUUCCAAUGGCUGCAUGGAAUUGGCACUUCGGGAGAAGAGAGAAAGAAAGAAAAAGGAGAGUGAAGAUGGAAAAUCUGUACUGAAAGGUGACAAUGGUGAUGUGAAGAUGCUUUGGAAAGCUUUCCAAUUUGCAUUUCGAGUAUAUACGUUCGCGGGUGGACACGAUGAUCGUGCCGAAAAGCUGACUCGAGAAUUGGCUAAUGAAAUCCAACAUAAACCGAAAAGGUGA